AUGUGGCUUUCUUUUCUUUCUUUUGUCAUUUUAUUGGUGGGUGUUGUACAGCAUCUCGAUGCUAUCAGCAGUCCCAUCCCACCAUACACCAAUUACACCUAUGCUACGGAACUGCAACCCAAUCUUGCUGAUCUUUGGUGGUCGAUCGACGAUCUUCGAAAGGAGAUCACUUUUGAAUUUCACAUCAAUACAACUGGUUGGAUUGCACUUGGUAUCAGUCCAGCUGGUGGUAUGAUUGGUGCUGAUAUCGGCUUGGGAUGGAUCGAUCAAUUGGGUCAACUGCAUUUUGAAGAUCGAUAUGCAUAUGGCUUUUACCAGCCGAUGCUGGAUAAUACAACACAAGAUUGGUUUGGAUUGCAAGGUCGCGAAGAGAACGGAUGGACAGCCAUUCAGUUCAAACGACUCUUAGACACUUGUGAUGUCAUGGAUUAUCCUAUCAAAUCCGGAACCAACAUUGUAAUCUACGCCUACAGUCUCGAAGAUCCUGUUAUAAUUGAUGGAAAAGCGACGAUCAAGUAUCAUGGCGAUCGUCGAUAUACUCGAGCGAUUCCAUUACAAUCAUAUGCAAAUCCACCACCAGAGAGCAAAUUUUCUGGCCUCGACUAUUUCGAUUUUCAACUGUACAAUUAUUCAGUACCAUCGAACGAGACGACCUAUCACUGUACGGUCUACAAAGUGCCAGCUAAGUUUCCUAAACGAAGACAUGCUAUUGCUCAUAAAGCCAUCAUUGAUCCAGCCAAUAUUGAUAUUGUUCAUCAUAUGUUGAUGUAUGAAUGCAAUCCAUCGGCUGUCUACGAUGAUAAGAAUUUGCCUUCUGGUAUAUGUGAUGAUCUUGGCGAAGUUCUUAUACCUUGCACAUCGAAUAUCGCCACCGGAUGGGCUGUUGGUGGAGAUUAUAUCAAUGAGUUCCCUGAUGUGGCUGGAUAUCCUGUUGGAGGUGAUUUUGAAAUCAAAUAUUAUGUGAUUCAAAUGCACUAUAACAACAUACAUCAAAUGUCAAAUCGCACGGAUAGCUCUGGUAUGCGAUUCUAUCUAAGCAAUGAACUUCGCCAAUACGAUAUCGGCUAUCUGACAUUGGGUCAAGAUUCAGACGCCACUGCAAUUGCUAUUCCACCGUAUGAUGAUCGUUUAGUCAUCGAUUCUUAUUGUCCUGCUCUGGUCACUCAAAAUAUUCCACCGACGGGCAUUACUGUAGUUGCAGCAUUUCCACACACUCAUCUUCAAGGGCGCAGUGUCUGGACAAAGAUCAUUCGAAAUAAGAAAGCAGUUCAAUAUCUGUUCAAUGGUGAUGCCUAUACUUUCAAUUAUCAAUUUCAGAAUCGUUUACCUCAACCGAUUACAUUGUAUCCGGGUGAUGAAUUAGCAACGCGAUGUAUAUACAGUACAACCAACAAGAGUGUCGUCACUUUGGGCGGAGAAGCAACGAGAAAUGAAAUGUGUUUACACAUGUUUACUUACUAUCCACGUAUGAAUAAUUUACACCUUUGUUUGAUGACCAAUUCGAUGGAAGCAUGGGCACAAGUGACAAAUAAUUCAAUACCUUUGGAUUACAAUAGCAUUGUCAAAUGGUUAACAGAUCGUCAAUGGACAACGCAAUCUAUUGCUGAUUGGCAAACUUUCUACAAUUCGACUUCGAAAACUCUUAUUUAUGACAAUGGUGGUAACAUAACCCUGGUUGAUCUUCCAAAACUACCGGACUAUGAAGAUUUCAAACCAUAUCAAUGCAAAAAGAACACCACUGAUAUGGGUACAGCUUCGAGACUAAAAUGA